ACAGCACUGAUUAUUGUGUCAGGUGGAGGGAGCGCAGCUCGGCUCUAUUCACAAACACCCACGUUUGGAUUUUUUUUUAAUUCCCCCCUCGGGGCAGAGAACAGCUCCAGGUCCGAAGCGGCGCUCACAGCUGUUGUUUUGGUGCUUGUGUGCCCGAGGAGCGGCUCUGACCUGGUUUCCACUGGGCUUGGAAAGCACAGGGGAGUGGGAAAGUUUAUAUUAUCUUCGGCUCUCCGGCAUCGGUCAUGUUCAGGUAGAGGCCAGGACCUGAGGCCGGCCACCAUGCUGAGGCGUCUCGACAGGAUCCGGUUCCGGGGACAGAGGCGGGACGAGUUCCUUGACCCGGCCGAGUCGCCCAACACGUCGGACACGGAGUGCAGCGACGAUGUUGUGAUAAAACCCCGCGCCUCUCUCAGAGAGGUGGAAGAGCUGAGGGAAGCAGAGGGAGAGCUGCAGAUUGAUGCCCAGGCUGGUCCUGGAUCAUUUUCUGCAGGUCUCCAAGAGGAGCCAAAGACUGAUUUGAAUGAAGUCAAAGGUCUCCUAGAAAUCGCUUUGUUAGAAAAACACUACUUACAGGAGGAGCUGGAUAAACUGAGGGAUGAGACCCACAUAUAUUCACUUAAACAGGAACUGGAGAAGGAGCGAUGCAGACGCUUCGAGCUGGAACAGAAGGUCAACGAUGCCAUAAAAUCAGGACUUGAAGAUUCACCAUCUCAGACACCUAAACCUCCAUCCCCUCAACCAUCUGUAAGCAGCAAUACAGAAAAACAAAAAGAGACUCUAUCCAACAGCUUCCUGAAAUGGAUUUACGAUCGUUUUGGAGGUUAUAUCGAAGACUUCCACUUCCAACCAGAGGAGGUGACGGUGGAGACGGAGGAGCCACUUAGUGCCAGGAGGCUCACUGAAAACAUGAGACGACUCAAACGCGGUUUCAGGCCGGUGACUAACUUCAUGAGGAACCUGUCUGCUUUAUCCAGCUGGUACUCUGUGUACACGUCUGCCAUUGCCUUCAUUGUGUACAUGUAUGCAGCGUGGCAUGGCUGGGCCAUCCCCAUGUUCCUGUUCCUUGCAAUUCUCCGCCUUUCGUUAAAUUAUCUCAUUUCCAGAGGCUGGAGGAUCCAGUGGAGCAUCGUACCUGAAGUCUCUGAGCCAUUGGAACCUCCAAAAGAAGACUUGACUGUAUCGGAAAAGUUCCAGCUGGUUCUGGAUGUUGCUCAGAGAGCUCAGAAUCUUUUUGGAAAGAUGGCCAACAUCCUUGAGAAGAUCAAAAAUCUGUUCAUGUGGGUCAAGCCAGAGUUGACUCAGAAGCUCUACGUUGGACUGUGGGUGGCCUUCAUCUCCUCCUGCCUGUUGCCUUACCAGCUGCUGGGCUUCUUUAUGGGAGUUUAUGCGGGUAUCAAGUUCUUCAUCAUCGACUUCAUCUUCAAAAGUUGCCCCAAGCUGCGGCAGCGCUUUGACACACCCUACAUCAUCUGGACCAAUUUACCCACCGACCUGCAGCUGAAGGAGCGCAGCAACACCACACUGAGCAGACGGGUUACAACAGCGGGGGGCCGAGGGAGCGUUUCUACUGCUGCUCCACUGGGUAGCAGCCGAGAAGAGGAUGGAGGGCGAUACUACACCACAAAGAGAGGAGCUUUUCAUGAGGUCUUUAAUCUUCCAGAGACUGAGCGCCCUCUGCCAGUGUGUGAGAACGGCUGGCGCUGCUGCCUGAUCAAUAGAGACAGGAAGACUCCAACAGACUACAUCCGUAACGGAGUCCUUUAUGUCACAGAGAACUACCUGUGUUUUGAGAGUUCCAGCUCAAGGUCUGGAUCCUCAAAGAGGAACAAAGUCAUCAAACUGACCGAAAUCACUGAAAUCAUGAAAUACAAGGUAUUGUCAGUGUUGCCGGGUUCGGGGAUGGGGAUCUCCAUAGCAACGCCUACCACAGUAAAGCCAAUGGUGUUUGGUGCCAUGAUGCACAGAGACGAGGCAUUUGAUGCCAUCUUCUCCCAGCACACAAAGAUGGUUGAAAAGGCCAGAGCCAGAAAUCCAGAGACGUAGGUGCUAUCCGAGACCACCUUCGGCACACCGCUGGGAGUCCGGUGUCCUGUGUCCCGUCCGUGCUACGUUCAAAGUAGUUUAUGAAACUGUGGAGCAUCAGCCUGUAAGUUCACCGCUGUUGGAGGCGUGUCUACGGGGAGCAGACGUUUUCUGUUCAGUCUGGCUCAGCGGAGCCUCAACUUUGGUUUGCAUACUUCACAUGCAAUGUGACUCUGUAGCUGAGGAAGUAUGUGCUGAUAUUACAGCAGGUGUUUUUAAAUUCAGUUUUACAAUCUCCUUCACACGAUGGCAGCCUUAAUGCAAGCCCUGGAACAGGUCUCUCCUUCAGCAGUGACUUUUUCAAACACUUGCUGUCCUUUUGAUUAAACUGCUGGGCUGUUUCUGGUGGAAAUGUAAAUAAUUGACAUUUGGGUGUUUUUUUUCAGCUGUUUUUUUUUUUUUUUUAAACUGUAUGUUAUUAGCCAGCCAGUUUGAACUAUUAGGGGUUCACAGAUUUUAUUUUAUUUUUAGCUAUUGUGCUCGGUCAUUUGCAUCUUAGGAGCUAGUUGAGCUGCUAAUAGGCUACCAACAUAACACCACAAUGUUUCUAGAACACAGUUUUUGUUUCAUCUUCAAAGUUUAUAAGAAACGUUUGUAAAAGGAAUCCCAUAACAUUCAGUUCUCUGAUGGCUCAUUUGAGAGCUCAUUUAUUCUUGCUUUUCUGUCAUAGCCUCCUGCAAAAUCGACUCCAUUGACCAGAAAAGAGCCUCAAUAAUUGUGACCCUAUAAGGGCUUGGUUGGGUGUUCUGUUUACAGAGCUGCACAAUAUACAGGGAGUAAAAUAAGUAUUGAACAUGUUGGCAUUUUUCUCAGUUAAUGUUUCUAAUAUUUUUGUUGAUAUGACAUUUAGACCAAAUUUAAUUUAAUUCAGUUUAUUCAUAGAGAACCAAUCACAACAAAUAUUGUCUCAAAGAAUUUGCUAGAAAAUGUCAAUUCAAUCCAAUCAUACAGAAUGCUUCCAAUUGAUUCCAGUAAUUAAAACAAUGCAGUCAAGUUCAUUUUACGAUAUACAAUAUUUAUCUCGAUAUGUUUUUGUUUUCCUAAA